AUGAAGUUCAACCAGCUCAAAUACGCCGGCCUUGUAGCCAUCCAGCUCGCGUCAAACAUAGUAAGCGCAGCCGUUGUUGACAAGCGAAAUGACAUUUGGGACGCGAUCAACUCGCUGAAAUUGAUCGGACACCCAGAAAACGAUUUUGGUUGCAAAAGCACCGUUCAUACGAACCCAGUUAUUAUAAUUCAUGCACUUCUGUCCAAUCCAGAUGUCGAUCUCAACCUCUUCCAAGAAGACCUCAAAAGCAAAGGAUACUGCACCUUCACAACCAUAUACGGAAACCAUAAACAUCUCGCACCAUGGAUUGGAGGAUUGACUUCUGUGCGGGAGUCUUCCGAGACCUUGUCUGACUUCAUUCUUGAGGUGAUCCAGAAAACCGGCGCUAGCAAAGUCGACCUCGUUGGACAUUCAGAAGGGGGUGUGAUGGCGUUAUACGUCCCCAUGACACACCCAGAAGCAGCGGCCAAAGUUGAACGUAUCGUUUCCUUGGGACCAGCCGUGCAUGGUGCUUUGUACUAUGGCUUGACGAAUUUAUGGUACAAGAACGGAGAUUUUAGCCGAGAGACCGCAAGCGCUGUAUUGCAUUUUUUGGGCUGCGCAGCUUGUGAUGACAUGGCCACUGGAGGGGAAAUUUAUAACGAUUUCAAGGAUUCGAAGAGAAUCGUGCCGGAGGGCAUCAAGGCCACAAUCAUCAUGUCGACUAAGGAUACUUUGGUAGCACCCGAUGCGAGCAGAAUAGAGGAAGUUGGCGUUCGAAACGUAAUGGUUCAAGAUAGCUGCCCAGAAGACGAUGUCGGACAUGCUGGAUUGGCGUGGGAUACUGGUAUUUGGGACAUAAUCCGGAACGAAUUGAAUGAGGAUUAUGGUGGAAAAGUGAGUUGUGCAAAAGGUUUGCCGGUUUAG